CUUGAUUGAAUCAUCGGCUCCACAGCCAGCCGAUCUGGCCAUUGUUCGGCUAAACAUUAUCAGAAGGAUCGGUUCGCAUCUAUCUGUCGACAUGCAGCCACUUCGUGUGCUGAUCAUUGGGGGUGGCGUGGGCGGAGCAAGCCUUGCGCACGGGCUCCAACGGUCCGGAGCCCCAGUCGACGUCAAGGUAUUCGAGCGCGAAGAGCACCCUCAUUCUGGGCUGCACGGGUAUCGAGUGGGCAUCAGCCCGCAAGGUGCCCAUGCACUGCAGCAGCUUCUCCCGGAGGACCUGUUCAAAAUGUUUCUGCAUACGUCGGCGCUUCCACCGAAGCACUUCGUAAUGCUCGACCAGCAUCUGGACCGAUUGCUUGCAAUGAACAUAAGCUCAGUUCCAGAGGACUCAGUAAAGAAGCAUGACGCACAACUGCCGGUUGAUCAAGAGCAUAGCGUGUCGCGCAUGAACUUGCGACAGGUCCUCUUCACCGGCCUCGGUGAUUCGUUGCUGCUCAACAAGCAAUUCGUCCGGUACGAGCUGCACGACGGUGGUAAUUGCACAGUGACAGCUCAUUUCGCUGAUGGCACUAGCUAUGACGGUGACAUACUGAUCGGUGCAGACGGCUCAAGGUCAUCAGUGCGGAAGCAACUGCUGCCUGACGAGAAAGUCUUCGAGACGGGCAUAAUCGCGCUGGCAGCCAAGUUCCCGUUAUCUGUCCUUUCCGACAAGGGAAAGAGCAAUGCACCGGAUCUGCCGGAAGAGUGUCAGCGUGCAGUGACCAUUCUAGUCGGCAAAAAUGGCGUGGGCGGCAGCCUCCACUCCAUGGCCUUUCGGGACGCAUCCCAACUCGACGCAGCUGAGCGCGACAACUUUAAGGACCUGCUGGAUCGGUGUGAACCGUCCAUGCAAAGCUGGGCGCAUUGGGCGUUAUGGGGAUCGGAAGACAAGUUUCAAGCGGAUAUUGACCAGCGCAAAGGGAAAGGCGUGAUGGACGCUGCAAAGGACCUGAUAAAGCAACAAGGAUGGUCCGAAGGCAUGCUGCGCCUGAUCGAGCUCUCUGACCCGUCCUCCGCUUUCUCAAUUCGCAUCAAAACGAGCGAGCCGCGCAAGGCAGGCUGGGAACCAUCUGAUCACGGCGUGGCGUUGCUUGGUGACGCGGUACACACCAUGGCGCCAGGGAAGGGCAUCGGCGCCAAUACGGCGCUCAAGGACGCGUUGCAGCUGUGCAACAAGCUUGUCGCUCUCUCGUCCGAGCUCAAGUGCGAUAUCGACACGCCGGUCGUCGGGCCCGAGCGACGCAAGCUUGUCAAGGCGGCAAUCGGUGCGUAUGAGGAAGAAAUGCGAGGAUACGCCUAUCCCGCGGUCAUUGCUUCGCGCUCGAGGAUGGACGCUAGAGGGUGGGAGCAUCAUUACCCGCUCUACUCGGCCAUUCUGUACUGGUGCAUGUGCACCCUUCUUAGGCUCGUUGAUCGCUCGUCCGGAUUCAAGGAGCUCAUGCGCAGGCAGAUGAUCAAGGGGAGGGCACGAGAAGAGGCGUCGGAAUGAAUUCAUCGAAGGCAGAUAUCUGGUGAGAGGUGACACAGCUUGGGACUUUAUGACCUGUAUGUCCAAGGCCCGAAACAGCCGAUCAACGGGGCUUCCUUACGUCCUGCCGUCUAACGUGCCUAAAUGUGUGGAAUCUAUUCGAAUAUCCAUGCUCGAUUCGAUGGCGUGCGUUUGCUUCACUCCCACCGCGUGAUCGAUGUUUAAGUCGAACAGAGCUUCCCUCGCUUGGAUAACUGUACAGCGCUGCGGACGGGGG